AUGGAAGAGGACACCAGGAAGAAGCAGGCCAAGGCGAGCCUACAAAUAAGGCUAGCGCCGAUGCAAGAACUCAAGGCACUUGCGAUGGAGGAAUACAAGGAAUACCUCAAGUUGGUGAAAAAUGCAGAAUGCCAACAAAAAAAGUUGCACACAAAUUGGGACAAAUUUCACCUUUUUUAUGAACAAAAUGGAUUGGACACAUUUGGGCAUAACGCACACAGGAAUAAAAAAAAAAAAAAAAAGAAACAGGGGAGGACAAACAAAAAAAACGAACAGGAUAAAAAAAAAACUCAACCCAACCAUUCCUCACAAUCUACUCACUGCGCAAAUUACGAGAAUUACCAAUCCAUAGAAGACGAUUUAAAAAUAAUUAAACAGAAAGAAAGGAAAAGCAGCUGCUACUAUUUCAAAGCAUAUAACAACAAUGACAAUAAUAAAAAUUUCAUCCUACACAUUUUAAAAGAUAUUCCUCUCGCGGUGGAAAUGUACAUAAAUAUUAAAAUCGAAACAAUUAAUAAAAUAAAAAAUAAUGUACUCACAGAUAUUGACCGUUUUUGCAAAAACAGAAUGGAAAAAAUUCUCCUUCUCAUCCUCCUGUGUGAAGUCAAAUUAAACAAUCUUUGCAUUCGCCAAAAGGAUAUUAGCCAUGCAGAAAAUAAUGUGGACAUUCCCUUAACAGGAAAUAUAAUUCGUCUUUGUCAUAGCAUUAUAGAAGAGGUCACCAAAAAGUUAAUUCCUUUUUUUUUUUCCUUCAACAUAUUUUGCCCUCCCGAUUAUUUUAAUUACCGCUUUGAACACUUCCAUGCAAUUGUAGAAGGUAUCAUGCCCAUUGCCUGA